AUGCUCUUUGGACUACCCAGGAGCUCUGGCAUUGAGCCGCGGCUUUUAAACCCUGCCAUGCCUGUGACUGUGGCCUCGUGGAGACGUGCUCAUGCACAUGUCGCACACGCACGAUUUGCACAAGCGCAUGCACGAGCACACCGCGUGAGCCGUGUUCGCUGUUUGGCUGGAACCCUGGCAGCUGCUUACAUUUGUCGCAUUCAGGCGAGACGGCUUUCGACGCCUGUUGCCACUGUUGCCAUGAAGUCAACAACUGGUGUUCACCAGCAACACCUCACGAAGUCCGCCGAAGAGAUUCGCUCAGGUGUGAAAGUAGUGCAUGAGGAGUAUGACCGAAGGAUCUCAAGUUUGGUAUCUGCUGCUAAGUCGGGCCAGAGUGUGUCCUUUGCAUCAACCUUUGGAGCGUUGGCAGAUGCGGAUGGAUUUGCAUCGCUUGCGUCUGUGGAACUGACUUUACCCGCACUGGUCAGUGGUGAUCCGGAAGCACGAGCAGCAUCCGCCUCUGCUAAGAAAAGCCUCAGCGACAUGUGGUCCAAAACUUACACGCGACCAGAUCUCUAUGAAAUCUUGCAUGCAGCCAAAGACUCCGCAGAGACAACGGAAGAGAUCCGUCUGGUGACGGUGGUGUUGGAGAAGUUUCGCCAGUCCGGCUGCGGACUGACUUCCAAGGACAGGGAAGAGCUCGCAUCCCUGGAUCGGCGCUGCAAAGAGCUCGCCUUCCAGGUGGAGCAGAACAUCAACGAAGAUUGCAGCUCGGUGGAUUUGACCGUCGAUGAGUUGUUCGGCUGCGAGGAGUCUUUCAUUCAGAGCCUUCCGAGCCCACCCGGCAGCUCGCUGAAGCGCUGCUCCCUGAAAGCACCCGUUCUCGGCCCUAUCAUGCAGCGGGCGCACAGCAGUUCCACCCGCCGGCGCAUGCUGGAGGCGAGCCAGCAGCGAUGCGAGAAGAACGGCCCACUCCUUGAGGAGAUCCUCUCCUUGCGGCAGCGAGCGGCGGAGCGCCUCGGCUUUCGCUGCCACGCGGAGCGAGUGACCUCUCAGAAGAUGGCUGGGACUGCAGAUGCUGUGCGACAGUUUUGCGAGGAUAUGCAGAGGCGCCUGCGGCCACUUCGUGAUGCUGAGCUGCUGAAACUGAGCUCAAGGAAGCAGCGCCAAGAGACAGAUCCCGAAGCUUCGAGCCGGAAGCGAAAGCUGGAUGAAGCGGACAGCGUUGGGCAUUGCUUGGAUGCGUGGGACAUGUCUUACUAUACUGAUCUCUUGCAAAGGGAGGAGUUACACCUGGAUGAUGCGAAAGUCAAGGAGUUUUUUCCGCUAGAAGGAACCAUUCAACGUAUUCUUGAAGUUUAUUCCGAACUCCUCGGGCUGAGAUUCGAGCGCAAUGCCGAGUUGCCGGUGUGGCAUGAAGAGGUAGUGGCUUUUGAGGUCAAGGAGAGCAAGUCCGACAGGCUUGUGGGACAUCUUUAUUUGGACCAGUUUCCGCGUGAUGGGAAGUUUGCGCAUCAGAUGAUCCUACCCCUCGCACCAGCCUUCACGAGCAUUGGAGAGUGCCUGAAGUGCGUGCCGGCUUGCGUGAACAUCUCGAACUUUGCUCGCCCGGAAGGAGACCGGCCGGCACUGCUGCGGCUCACCGAAAUGAAGACUUUGUUUCAUGAGCUUGGGCAUGCCAUGCACUGUCUCUGCACCCAGACUCGCUUUUCUAUUCUCUCCUGGGCGUGGCCGAUGGUGCCUUGGCCCGGCGGAGUCGAGCAGGAUUUCCUGGAGGUGCCGUCCAUGGCUUUGGAGAAGUUCGCCGGCGAGCCCUCCCUGCUGCACCGAGUGGCCCGGCAUUUCUCAGGAGACGGAAGCAAGCUGGAUGCAACAACUAUCGAACAGAUCCAGAAGCUGGAAAGGUUCAUGGCAGGCACGCAGGAAAGCCGACUUAUAUCCAUGUCCAUGAUCGAUCUCUUACUGCACUCGCAAGCUCCUCCCUAUUCUUUCGAUGGGCAAGCUGGGCUCUCACCACCCGAAUUGUAUAGGUUGGUUGUCGAGAGAUGCACAUCCUUGAAGCAACUGCCGAACACGAACUUUUGUGCAUCCUGGUAUCAUCUCUACAUCGGUUAUGAUGCUGGAGUGUACGGCUAUGCCUGGAGUGACGUCUUUGCGGCGGAUAUCUUUGAGUCCAUGAGGAACUGCCAGACCGGACCACUUAGCGCAGAGACGGGAAAGCAGCUUCGCUCGCACAUCCUCGAGCCGUGCGCGACGAAGCCGGGACACGACAUGCUGCGGGGUUUCCUGGGACGGGAGCCUUCGGUGGAUGCUUGGUGUCGCUUCAAAGGUAUCCAGUGA